AGAUUCACAAUCCCAAGACAAACUACAGUCAACAGCUUUAAAAAAAAAUAAUACCUUUUAUCUUUAAAUUCAGUGUUUAUAAUCAAUGCUUUUAGUUAUUAAUUAUUACCAAAAUGAUUCUUUUAUAAUUUAAAAUGUAUAAUGUACAUCCGUGGCGUCUCCGUACGUUUUGAGUAUUAUUUGUUUAUAUUACAAUAUUUUUAAUAUUAGGUUCUACACAGUUUUGAGUAAUUUCGAUCGCAGUCUUAUAUGCUGCAAAGCUGAAAAUUGUAACUUGUAACUAACUUGCGACAGACUACGUUUUGAUCGUAAUCCGUGUUCGUCAUUUGACAAUAUUCUUCAGUUCUUUCAUCUUUUACGUCUUAUCGCCCGACGUUUACUUGUUAUUAUUAUUGUUGUUGUUUCCGCGUGUGAACCGUGAGUGCGCGUCGUUCGUGACCGAGGACUGCGACACUGCGUCGGCGACGACGCACAAACGGAUCAUCAUCACACAGUAUUGCAACUAUCGCUCUGCGGCGCUGCUACGGGCCGCUGCUCGGGGUUAAUCAUAACAUUGAGUGCACUCGGAACGGCACGUCUGCACAGGUACUGCUCGGUACAACACUGUAGUUACUACUAGAGGCCCGGUGCCCCAAUUUUUGAUCUGUGGAACGUUUCUCACGAACAAUAGGGAAAACCCUUGAUGUCAGCUCUUUCGAUCGUCGUUACAGUUGCACUAGCCGUUUGAAUGGAAAUUUGAAGAUCAAAAUCCGGUGCGAUGACGACCAACGCUUUGAAAAGACAACGUGAACCUGACGAAGACGAAAUCUUCGACGUCCCUGCCAACUUGUCCACCAACUCUGCCGAUACUAUGACCACCAAUACUGCCACUACUACUAUCCUGGACUUACCCACCGAAUUGAUUGAGUACAUUUGCUGCUGUGACUCGUUGAAAUUGAAUGACGUCUUCAACCUUGCCGUUUCGCAUUCCAAGCUCAACAACUGUUUGUUCCACGAACGAAACUCUUGCCUUUGGAAAUCUAAAUUCAUACAAAAAUAUGGUUUGCUGGACAAUGAGGAAUAUGAAGUUGUUAUCGACGAACAAAACACUUGGAAGGACGAGAUCAUGUUGCGUAUUAGUCUGGAUAAAGCUGUACCUGCUGAAAUUAUACAAAUGCCAUGCAAGUAUAUGAAGUUUAAGAAUGUACCAUAUCAUAUGUAUCCGUUUAGUCAAUAUUUGAAUUCAAAAAAUGAGGGCCAUAGAUAUUAUGUUCUAUCAGCAAUUGCAGCUUAUUAUAAGCAACUACAGAGUAACGAAUGUCAUAAUGAAAAUUAUGAUCUAUUGUACAUGGCACAUCAAUUUCUUAUUUACUCAUGCCAAGUGUAUUUUGGUUACAAGUUAAAUAAUUUUUUAAGUUUACCACCAACAGAACAAAUUAUUGAACGAGGAUUUUACUUACUUGGACGUUGGUGGUGUCCUACGGUUAAUAUACCAUAUCGUGAUAUAAACAAAAGUUUGAAUAACAUAGCUAUUGAUGUGUGUAAUCGCAUUCGUUCAACAAACCCAGUCCAUCCUCUGUUUGAGCAUGAAAACUGUUUAAAACAAGUGGUUGAACGUGGCAAAUUCAAUCUCGAUCAUGAUUUAUUUGAUGAAACCAGCACAAUGUCUAUACUUGACAACAUAAGACAAAUCAUAUUUUCAGAAGAUCAAUUGGUUUGUUAUUGUAACCAUGACUUAAACUGCUUUUUGUUGCAGCAGGUUAUUGAUCGGAGAAAAGGUUCUGUGUUUUUGCUAUGUGUGAUAUUUGAAUCAGUUGCUAGACGAUUAGGCGUAAAGGUUCGUUUAACUGCUACAUCUGUUCACAAUUUUGUAUCUUGGUCAUCUUCGUGGCCGGGAAACAAACGUAAGAACCCUACAUGCUACCUGAUAGAUAUUGCUGGAGCUGGUGUCAUGCGGAAGGCUACUGUUUGUCCAGUCACAAGAAAAUUGCCCGAACAUUAUAAUGGAAAUUCUAUACUAGACUUGUUUUGGACAUUUAGUAAAACUGUGGAACAGCUCACUAUUGAAAAUAUGGCUACAUAUAAAUAUGUGUUGGAUUUCCAAAAACUUUUAAAACCUGAUGAUUCUGAGGUUGAAUUUAAAUGUCAGAAAUUCCAUCAAUAUUAUGACUAUUGUCGAUGUCCCUUACUCAGAAAUCCAUCCAAUCCCUACGCUCCAAACCAUGUAGAUGAGAAGAACAUUAUGUACACAGAUUGGGAAGAAAUUUUCCCCCUAGUACCUAAAAAACGUGGUGAGAUUCAUGAUCCAAAAUAUUCAAUUGGCAUGAUGAUUGACACUAUUACAAUGGGUAAUGGCUCUUGUUCAAGUAUAGUGACUAAACGUGGUGUUGUUGUGGGCUGGACAAGGGUGCCCAGUAACAACCCAUUGCCAAAUCCAACUAUUUACCAUGUGCUGAUCAGACCUGAUCAUUAUUUCAGUACAGCCAAAUAUCAAAACCCUGUUAUCAAAGCUAUAUGGGAAGGCAGAUAUGAAAAAUUGCAGCGACAACUGAAACCCUACGAUUACAGUUUUAAGAAUAUUGGCAAGUUUUUCACACAUUACAGUCAUGAAUUGUGCGCUUUUGUUCCGAUUAAUGACUUAGCGCAACUUUAUCCCGAUGAUCUAUCUUACACUAUCAGUAAAUCAAUGAACAUUGACUGCAAGGUCAAACAGUUCACAGGUCCACAUGUUGUUCCUAAGUAUUAAUGUUUUUAUUUUUUUUUUUAUUUUUACAAAUGCUGAUAUAUAUUUUUUUUUGUUUUCCUCUCAUUAUUCAAACGGUACCUAAAUUAUACUGUUAAAAUAUAGCUACUAGUCUAAAUGAAAACCUUUGAUGUUGGAUAAAUAUUAUAGGACACGUAUAAAGCACUGCAACCUUAUUUGUCAGGCACAUACUGUUUAUUCUCUACUACCUAUGUUGCUUUACUGUGUUAACUUAACGCAUGAAAAUAACAAAAUCCUACCCAGUCCUAAAUACUUAUAAUUUAAAAGUAAUAAACGUUUAUUUUAGUCUUAUUGAGAA